AUGGGCAAGUGGUCAAACGUCGAUUCGUUGAUGAUCUUCAUUCUGAUGGCGGCGAUGCAGAUGGACUUCACGUUACCGCCCGCUCCCGAACCGGGCGCGCUCCCGUUGGCGACCGUCUCGGUCGAGGUUAUGCCGACAGAGGGCAUCACCUAUUUCUUCCUCGCUGUCCUCGCCUCCCUGCUCCUCACCGCCCUCGUCUUCCACAUGCACAAGACAGUGUGCCUGCCGCCGCAACACCCGUGCGCGCGCCCGCCUCGCGAGGCGACGAGGGCGGGCCAGGGGAAGAGGAAGGCCGCCGUACGGCCUGGCACCGAGGCUGCUGCGCCACCAAUCCCAAGCGUCGCGCUCCGCCAUCGCUCCGGCGAACGCUUUGGCAUCGUGGUGAGCCUGUCACUGAUCUUUGCCUUUUGCGCAACGCUCGGCGCCUGCUUCCUCCCCGUAUUCCGCCUCUCCAAGGGGGGGCUUCUCGGCGUGGCACUCGGCGGGGAGAGCUCCGACGAGUACUCUGUGAUCGAGAGUGGCGUCCAGCUCCGCCACGCCUCGCCAUCAUCGCCCGACUGGCUGAUGGAAGGGUACCGCGUCAUCUACUUCCUCGUUAUCAUGGUCGCCCCCCUUGCCUGGUACUUUGGCUGCCUGCUCGCCUGGUUCGUGCCGCUUUCGCCGUCGUCGCGCCACGCCGCUGGCUUUAUGCUCAAUGUGUGCUCCUCCCUCGGUGCACUCGAGGUCUACGUGGUUUGCAUGAUCCUCUCAAUCGUGCAGCUCGACGCCAUUGCGCAGCAGAUCGUGGGGGAAAUCUCGCACGGCCUCUGCGACACUGUUGGCGCCGUCGCCGAGGCGCAUUUUGCUGAGCUGGUCGAUCCGCCCACAUGCCUCACCCUCUCCGCCGGCAUCAGACCCCCCUACUUUCUUCUCACUCUUGCCACCCUCGUCGGUAUUCCGGCUGGCUUGGCCGUCGCUUCGAGAUUGGAUGAGUCGGCGCUCGAGAUGCCGCCGCUGGCGUGGGGCACAUUUGACGACAGCAGCGCCGAGGAUAAGGCCGCCACGCGGAAGUCAUCCGCAAGCGAGACACGCGACGGCUCGCGCACGGGAGGCGCGCAUCAGCCUUCGACCAAUAUUGUGUAGCGGACGAGUGGAGCAGCGCAGCGAGGGCACUAGAGUGACGGCUCGCUGCCGCUGAAGUCGCCCAUCCUGACGCUGACCGUGGGUUACGGCAUGUCUCUGGUGUAUUUUGUCUGUGUGUCGUGCAUGCAGCAUGGCGCCAUAUGGGUCUACGAGUCACACGCGUACACACGAGUCAUAUAGAGUGUGUGCAUGUUUGUACGCGAGUGUGUGGGCUGUGGCGAGUCACCGUUGCAUGUGCAUGUGCGGGGGGGCACUCUCGGGCUUUGUCUUGGAAAAAGAAAACUAGAAC